GUACUUCAACCACCUCUUUUAUUAAUCUGCUUUCUUUGCUUCCUCAAGUACUACUCCCGUACUUGUCCAGCAAGCGUGGCUCAAAAUUCUUCGCCUCCCAGGGGAAAAAGAACAAGGAAAAUACACUCGAACUUCCUGUUCACCCAGCACAAAUUGGUGUCAUCCUUCCCUCGUCCUUGCUUGCGUCAAACGAUUCUGCGUCAGUUUACCGACUCACGCGAGUUCGUUCGUGUUCGUCUCCGUUUGUUGUCGUGUUUCGUGGAGGCCAGGAGAAAAUAGUUCUUGUAGUUGUAUCCGAUCAGCAAGGAGAAGGAAGAAGAAGAAGGCUUCCGUUUCUAUCGCCGAAAGGUUGCUCCCUUUCUCCUCACGAUUCGAGCUGACGAGGUGAAGGCCAUGGAGAAGAGCACCACGAGCUGACCCGAAUCCCCCUCUCUCCAGCUUACUGUUCCUCGGAGAUGGGCUGCUUCGGCCGCGUGAGGGAUAUGAUCAAGAAGCGGAAGGGGAAGAAGAGGCCGCCGCCGCACGAGGGGCCAGCGCCGCCGCCGCCGCCGCCGUCGGCGCUCGCCGGCUCGUCCCACUCCACCUCCACGGUGUCGUCGUCGGCCGUCGCGACGAGCCAGUCGACCGAGGACUCGAGCGCGGCGGCGGCGAGGCCCGCCGCCGGGUGGAGCAGGUCGUCCGGGUCGGUCUCGUCGGCGCGGAGCAUCCCGGAGCUGUACGAGGAGAGGGGCGCGAGCUCCCUGCAGGAGUUCGGGCUCCGGGAGCUCCAGGCGGCGACCAGGGACUUCAGCCGCCUGCUCAAGAUCGGCGAGGGCGGCUUCGGGAGCGUCUACAAGGGCGUCGUUCGGCUGCCCGGAGGGCCCGCCGGUGGCACCGAGGUCGCCAUAAAAAAGCUCAAUCCCAACAGCCGACAGGGUCACAAGCAAUGGCUGACAGAAGUUCAAUUUCUAGGGGUUGUUGAGCACCCGAAUCUCGUCAAGCUCAUUGGAUAUUGUGCCGCUCAGAGUGAACGAGGCCCUCAGAGGUUGCUGGUAUAUGAGUUCAUGUCGAACAAGACCUUGGAUGAUCAUCUAUUCAAUAAAGCAUAUCCCGUCCUCCCAUGGGACAUCAGGUUGAAGAUAGCAUUGGGUGCUGCUGAGGGGUUGUUGUACCUCCAUGAGGGAUUGGAAGUUCAGGUCAUAUACCGUGAUUUCAAAGCAUCCAAUGUGCUACUUGAUGAGGAAUUCAGACCGAAACUUUCAGACUUCGGAUUAGCAAGGGAAGGGCCAACUGCAGAUAACACUCAUGUGUCCACAGCGGUUAUGGGGACUUAUGGUUAUGCAGCUCCAGACUAUGUUGAGACAGGCCAUCUCACAAACAAGAGUGAUGUUUGGAGCUUUGGAGUUGUCCUAUAUGAGAUCCUCACCGGACGCCGUUCAAUGGAAAGGAAUCGUCCCAAGAACGAGCAGAAACUCCUGGAAUGGGUGAGGCAGUAUCCUGUUGAGACUAAGAGGUUCAGCAGGAUUAUAGAUAUCAGACUCAGGCACAAUUACUCUAAGCAGGGCACUAGAGAAAUUGCCAAAUUGGCCAACAGCUGCCUUGCAAAACAUGCAAAAGACCGCCCAACUAUGAGAGAGGUGGUGGAGAGCAUAAAGCAAGUGAUGCAGCACAACGAAUUGGAUGGUGACGUCGAGGCAUCAGGGGAGAGCUCACCACCUCAUGAGGUUCCUGGGAAGCCAACCGCAGAUGAUGUUGCUGUGGCGGCAGCAAGGCGGCGGAUGCUUCACCUGGCUGCGCUAGGUGAAAAUGCAAACAAUAUUGCGAGGAGGAGAUUCAUGCUCAUGAGGGCAGCUGCUGCUCCAACUCCAACAUAAACUUCUGCAAGAGUUGGUGUUCUUGACUGUAUUAUUCUGAUGUGCUUGUAAAGGUAGGUCCAUUAGUCAACUUUUUUAUCACUAUAAAUACUUUAAAAAGAUCCAACAUUUUGCUUACUGUAGAUUUGUAAUACACAAUUCUGUAGGUUCAGUCAAACAUCAGACUUACAGUUAAUACUGUGAGGAGUUCUUUGUGGUGUCUUUGUAAAUACAAAAUGUAAUUCUGCUUUCUCUUUUUUGUUACGAGUUCUGAACUUGUGAAUGUAGACUCUGAAAAUGUUUCCGUAUGAAAAAAAUUGUGAUUGAUUUGAUA